CCACUCCCAGACGGCCACCGCUCCCCUGAAUAAGGCCAAAAUUGGCACGUCGCAGCUCGCAAUGGAGUACGUGUUCAAACAUAAAGCGAAGAAGGCGAAGCUUCACUCCCACUUGUCAUUGCUCAAUGCUUCCUAGUUCCUGAAUUGUAAAGGUUUUGGAUGGAAGCUCACCAGUGAAUGAAUGUAAAGUGAGAGAGAGAGAGAGAGAGAGAGAGAGAGAGAGAGAGAGGGAGGCGUUGAAGUUUCUUCGCCGGAUCAGAAACCUGAGUUUCCUUUUGUGUUUUGGGGCUCAAUGCGGAUGUGGGAAGCUUUUCUCAGUUGGCUUCGGAGGAGUGAUGAUUGCAUCAAGUGGAUCAAAUCUACCUUGGGCCACUUUCAGCCUUUUCUUCAGGCAAGAAAUGGAACUAUCUUUGAUAGGCCUUCAAAAUGCGGGGAAGACAUCUCUUGUAAAUGUCAUUGCAACUAGUGGCUACAGUGAAGACAUGAUCCCCACGGUUGGAUUUAAUAUGAGGAAGGUUGUGAAAGGAAAUGUCACAAUAAAGUUGUGGGAUCUUGGAGGUCAACCCCGGUUUCGCAGUAUGUGGGAGAGAUAUUGUCGUGCAGUUUCAGCCAUUGUUUAUGUGGUUGAUGCUGCAGAUAUGGACAACUUGCCAAUUUCAAGAAGAGAACUUCACGACCUUUUGAGUAAACCCUCAUUAAGCGGUAUCCCUUUGCUGGUACUUGGUAACAAGGUUGACAAAGCCGAAGCAUUGGAUAAACAAUCUUUGACAGAUCAAAUGGAUCUGGAGUCAAUCUCAGACAGGGAAGUUUGUUGCUUCAUGAUUUCCUGCAAGAACUCCACCAACAUAGAUACAGUAAUCGAUUGGUUUGUAAAGCAUUCAAAAAAGAGAGGCUGAGUGGGAGUGCCAUUUUAGCCCUUUUGGGUGGAUUUCAUUUUCUUGUCUUGGGUUGGCUUUCUCUUGCUUUGGCUUUGUUGGCAUAAGUUACAUAUCAAGUGUAAGUGUACUUCUGGGUAGAUGAUGAAAUCCCACCUCCUAGUGUUUAAACUUAUUAAAACUCUGUGUUCCAAUUCAAUACAUGAAUAGCAAAAUAAAACUUUUUAUGUUUA